GUCAGUUAACGUUUGUGCACCAGGAAAACAGAACAAAGGAGUCAUCGACCAGCUAAUGAAUUCAGCUUUCACAUGUGACUAAAGCUUGUUUAAUUUGUCACCUAGACAACCGUUUAGCAAGCGUUAUUAAUUUCUUUGUGUGUCUCUCUGUGUGUUCCUGUCUUUCUUAAGGCACUUGAGUGAGGACACGCACGCACACGCACACACACACACACAGUGCGCUGAGUUCAGUCCAAGUAUGUCAAACACGUUGCCUUUCUCUCUGCACUCACUGGUCGGAAUGUUUGUCUGUGUUCUCAGUCUGUUGGUUUUUCUUCACCUCGUCGGUUUGUAAAUAGCUACGGCCGUGGAGACAGCCACACACUGCUCUUUCCUCGCUUGGUCAUUUUUCCCCGGACCUCCUGCUAUCCUGUGUUCAGUCUAACCAGCGGCGCGCAGUGUGUGCAGCUCUCGCAGAGCGACUGCACAGCACAUCCCAGCCAGUUCUCUCCCUCUCUCUCUCUUUCAUUCACACCGGGAUGGAUCUACCCUCCUAGUGGAGCAAAAGUCUACUUCAGCAGCUGGCAAGUUGGGUUCACAUUUAGGAGUGAGGCAGGAAGCUGAAACAAAGGUUUCUCCUUCUCCCCCCCCCCUCCUCCACACACACCUGACAAAAUUUCUUUCAUCUCCGCGCAUCAACUUGGCUGACGGAAAGCCAGACACGAUGACACCAACCGGGCUGCAUUCACGCGUUAUGCUCCUGCUCUGCUUCGUCUCCACCGCGGCGUGCAAUGCGUUUGCGUUCACCGAGGAGCCCUCGGAGAGAGUCGGGAAGACGGACGGGUAUUGUAGUCGGAUAUUACAGGCUCAGAGCAAUCGCAAAGAGGGGAACCACGAAUUUCGCCUCCGCGUCGAGGGAGACCCGGAGAACUAUCAGCCAGGAAGCACAUACAGAGUGACUCUGAUUGCAUCCAGCCCCUCCUACUUUAGAGGGUUCACUCUUAUUGCCCUGAAGGAGGGCACAGAUGGAGGCAAGGACGAGGACUACACUGGAAAUUUUCAGAUAAUUGAUGAGGAGGAAACACAGUUUAUGACCAACUGCCCCCCUGCAGUGACAGAGAGCACUCCUCGCAGACGCACCAGCAUCCAGGUGUUUUGGACUGCGCCCCCGAGUGGCUCUGGUUGUGUCGUCCUCAAGGCAAGCAUUGUGCAGAGGAGGACAAUCUAUUUCCAGGAUGAAGGUUCACUCACCAAGCGAAUGUGUGAGAAAGAAUCCCUGUACGGAGAUGCUACAGAUAAACCUCUGCUCGACUGUUGUGCCUGUGGGACUGCAAAGUACAGAGUUACCUUCUAUGGGAACUGGUCGGAGAAGAUUCAUCCCAAAGACUAUCCUCGUCGUGCCAAUCACUGGUCAGCCAUAAUUGGUGCAUCCCACUCCAAGAACUACGUGCUGUGGGAAUAUGGCGGCUUUGCCAGCGAAGGGGUUAAACAGGUAGCCGAGCUGGGCUCCCCAGUCAAAAUGGAGGAGGAGAUCAGACAGAAGGGUGACGAGGUCCUGACAGUCAUCAAAAUGAAAGCACAGUGGCCGGCCUGGCAACCACUUAAUGUACGGGCUGCCCCUUCGGCUGAAUUCUCAGUGGACCGAACCCGUCACCUCAUGUCCUUCCUGACUAUGUUGGGGCCCAGUCCAGACUGGAAUGUGGGUCUGUCUGCUGAGGACUUGUGUACCAAGGAGUGCGGUUGGGCCCAGAGGGUGGUCCAGGACCUGAUCCCAUGGGAUGCAGGCACUGACAGUGGAGUGACAUAUGAGUCUCCCAACAAGCCCACCGUUCCCCAGGACAAGAUCCGUCCCCUGACCAGUCUGGAUCAUCCUCAGAGCCCUUUUUAUGAUCCUGAGGGGGGCGCUAUCACUCCUGUGGCCAGGGUAGUGGUGGAACGCAUCGCCAGAAAGGGCGAACAGUGCAACAUUGUGCCGGAUAAUGUGGAUGAUAUUGUAGCAGAUAUUGCCCAGGAGGAGAAAGAGGAAGAUGAUACCCCAGAGACGUGCAUCUACUCCAACUGGUCUCCAUGGUCCGCCUGCAGCUCAGCCACUUGUGAAAAGGGCAAGCGGAUGAGGCAGAGAAUGCUGAAGGCCCAGUUGGACCUCAGUGUUCCCUGCCCCCACACCCAGGAUUUUGAGCCUUGCAUGGGUCCUGGAUGCAGUGAUGAGGAUGCUUCCACCUGUAUGAUGUCAGAGUGGAUCACCUGGUCUCCAUGUAGCAUGUCCUGUGGAAUGGGCACACGUUCCCGGGAGCGGUACGUUAAGCAGUUCCCCGACGAUGGCUCAGUCUGCACCCUGCCCACAGAGGAGACAGAAAACUGUGUGGUUAAUGAGGAAUGCUCUCCCAGCAGUUGCCUGGUUACAGAGUGGGGUGAAUGGGAUGUCUGCAGUGCUACUUGUGGUCUUGGCAUGAAGAGGAGAGAGCGCAUGGUGAAGAUGCCUCCUGCAGAUGGCUCCAUUUGUGGGGCAGAGGUGUUAGAAGUGGAGAAGUGCAUGAUGCCAGAAUGUCACACGAUUCCAUGCAUGCUGACCCCAUGGUCUGACUGGAGCGACUGCAGCGUGACGUGCGGGAAGGGUUUGAGGACACGACAGCGCAUGCUCAAGUCCCCCGUGGAGCUGGGAGAGUGCACAGAAGAGUUGGAGCAGGUGGAAAAGUGCAUGCUACCAGAGUGUCCCAUAGACUGUGUCAUGUCAGAGUGGACCGAGUGGUCAGAGUGCAAUAAGUCCUGUGGGAAGGGUCAUACGAUCCGGACUCGCAUGGUGAAGCUGGAGCCGCAGUUUGGAGGAGACACCUGUCCUGAAACCAUCCAGAGGAAGAAGUGUAAGAUCAGGAAGUGCAACCGGGCCAACAGCAAUGAGAGGAAACAACGCAAGACUGAACAGCGUGAAAAGCGAAGGAGCAAACAAGCCAGAGUUGAGGUCGCCUCUGAGCACCCAGGUUGUAAAAUGAGACCGUGGUCGAGUUGGACAGAAUGUACCAAGCUGUGUGGUGGAGGUAUCCAAGAACGGCUCAUGACGGUGAAGCAAAAGUUUAAGACUGCCCAGUUGUCAAGCUGCAAGGACAGGAAGGAGAUCAGGGCUUGUAAUGUGCACCCCUGCUAGGAAGGAGUAGGGGAAUGGGGGUUGAUGUGGACAGGAGGAAGGGGGUGGAGGGGGCUGGGAAGAGAACAGGGCAUGGCACACUGUUGCACAAUGAUCCAAUGCACUCUGUUUAGGGCUGAAAUGGCACAUACUUGAAUCUGUAUUGGUUAAAUCCAGAGCUCAGGUCAGUUGUCGUCAAGAUAAGAUGAACUACAAGAUCUCUCUGGAUUUAAACUAGCCUGAUUCAUCUGUGCUUUCAAACUAGCUCUGAUACAUACGACUCUUUUGCAAGAUUACUGUAAACUUGUUGUGGUAUAAUAUAUCUUGAAAAAUAUAAUUAUGAAAUAUAAAUUGAUUUAAUAAUAAGAUAAAGAACUGUUAUAUCUUGUGGUAUCCUUAAGUAGAGUACAGUGUAUUCCAGACUUUAAAGCACAGGUGCCCAGCCAUUCCAGUGUUUUAUAUGCCUUCAAUUGUUCAGUUGUUUCUAGGACACACAAUGCCCAGUUGACUUUUUACCCAGCUAUAUUGUUGUACAUGUAGAGUCACCAUGAUUGAGAUCUGUAUGAUUUGGAGCAUUAUUAGAAGAUUUUGUUAUUUUUUUGCUGUGGAAUUUUUUGAUAAGAAUGUGUCCCAAGAUUCUUACCAAAGUCUUGUGUAGAUGUUUUCUAGAUGUCUUCCCUUCCUUUUCUUUAUCUCUGUUCCUCUAACAUAUUAAUAUUUUGGAAUAAUAUCACCUUUACAAUAAAAGUAAAUGUGACAACUUG